UGUUGAGCCAUGGCCCUUUGAGAUUGAGACUCAGGAGAAUGGCGCACGAGCGUUUGAGAUGGAAUUCGAUUCGCAUAAAUGAGUGUGUAGCAUAGGUUGUCAUGUGUGGAAUAAAGAAACCGGUCUACAGCACUUCGACUUUAUUCAUUGUAACUGCGCCUGGGGGUACCCUCUUCACUCUUCAAAUACAGCAUUAGAGUUCUGCAGACUCCGCAAGAUUUGCGUUAUACGUCCUCAUGGGGACCCCGGAGACCCCUCGAUUUAGGUUUAUGCUCGUAGGAAUCGGGCCACACGCAAAGCGCACCUACGUCAAGCACUUUCGAAGCUUGAAAGCCGAAGGACGAGGAGAGAUCGUCGCUGCAGUCGACCUCACAAGCAAUAGGUCGUCCGUGGAGCGGUAUGCCGCAGAGCACCUGCCAGAUGCGGAGAUAAUACUCGUUCCCCAGUUCAAGGACACAAUGCCCGCAAAUGUUACCGAAGCGCUUACAGGAGUGGCUUGUUCGCUUGGCGUCGACUGUGUCAUCGUGGCGACUGAUCCAGAGCGUCACCAAUCAUACGGUCUGUGGGCUCUGAGUUUGGGUCUCCAUGUUAUCAUGGACAAGCCUAUAUCCACUCGAAGCGACGCUUGCAACAGUCCUACACAGGCUGCUGGAAUCGCCGAUGACUACAAUGAGCUUUUAGAAGCCUAUAAAGAGCUACAAAAGCGCAAAGAAACAAUGUUUCUCAUCAACAGCCAUCGACGGUACCAUCCUGGCUUUCUCGGUACCAGAAACUUUAUCACAGACAUACGGAACAAGACCAGGUGCCCUGUUACAAGUUUAAUCUCGACGCAUUGUGAUGGCCAGUGGCGAUUGCCAGAUGAGAUUGUCGACCAGCAUUACCACCCUUUCCGCUACGGCUACGGCAAAAUAUCCCACAGUGGCUAUCACUUCUUAGAUACCGGCUACAAAUUCUUUGAAGCAGGAUGGAGUGCGGACAAACGACCGGACCAGAUUGAAAUGGUUUCCACCUUCAGUCGUCCCAACGAUCUCAUGUACACAUUGAGUCACGAGGAACAUGGUCAGGCGCUUGGUCGUGAUGAAUACAGCAAGCACGCCAAGUACAGCAAAGAUGAACUUCGAGUGCACAUGCAAGACAUGGGAGAGGUCGAUGCGAUGCUCCAAAUCACCUUUAAGAGUCGCGGGAAUGUGCUUGGAAUGGCGCAGUUGAAUCUCCUUCACACCGGAUUCUCUCGCCGGGAUUGGAUAGAUCAAGGGCCGAACCCAGAUCUCUACAAGGGUUGCGGGAGAGUAAAGCACGAAGCUCACGAGGUCAGAAGUGGGCCGUUCCAAACAAUCGUGAUCGAUUCGCGCCAGGCAAACGACAAACAUGAUCGCAGCAAGCCCAGUACUGCAGAACUAGGGAGUGAUAAUCACUUCGAAAUCCAGACAUGGCGUAAUUGUGGGGUACUAGGCGAAGACGAACCUCUCAAGACUUACACAGUCAAUGAUCUAGACAAGCGUCUCAACACCAAUUCGACUGGGAUUUACAUGGAGAACAUCAAGCAAGGUAUUCUGUGGGAGGCGCUGGGCUUCCUCGAGGGCAAGACCACUAUUGAUGAUCUUACAUCAAAUUUGCCGGAUCACAGCAUACCUGCUACCAUGAUGAGCGCAGCCUACUUGUCACACUUACGUCGCUCCCGUGGCCUAAAUCCUAUAACACAUAUCAGUGUAACGUAUGAGAAUGAAACGGCACGAGCGACAAUUCGGGGCGAGGAUCUCGAUUUCUCCACACCUUGUCCAGAAGCAACUCCAUUGUUGACACCAACAUCUGCUCUUUCGGAGGAUGGCGAAACAGUAAUCCACUUAUCGUUCAAUGAUGCACCAAAGUCGUCGCCUGAUGCUUUGCAGCGCCGAAAUUCCAACUUUUGGCUGCCAGUAGCCAAGCUACUGUCGCUCCCAACAACAUUAGGACUUGAGCGGAAACUUUUAUAACGUUGCUUUAUUGGUGAUAUACGAUAGUACAGGGGAAUGGCCUGUGAGGGCGUAAAUACGAACUUGGAUGUUGAUCGUAGAUCAUCCGGUGGAGUCCCUCACAUGCAGGUACCGACCAUCCAGAAACCCCGAGAAAUCUCUGUUGGGCAUCCCGUAUUCUCGUCCGCACAGGCUACCCCCUUGUAUUACAGAGUCCCUAUAAAAAAAUAGAUUAGACUAGACUAGAUUAGAUUAGAUUAGAUUAGACUAGAUGAAAUAGGCAAAUACACCAAAGAGGCUGCUCUAUCGUAUCCCGUAUCAUGUACUAAGAUAUUAGUGUUCUGUAAAUUGUAGCAAGGACUAUACACUUCUAGCCUCUAACUUUAGAAGACUGCUAAGCAUUCUUUCUUUUUCGGCAUACAGAUAAUGAAAAGGUCGAUGUGCAGGCCUAUAUCAUGAGUCAAGGAUAAU